AUGGCAACCGACUUCAAAUCUCUCCCCAUCAUCGAUAUUGGUCCCUUAGUGGAGAAAUGGGAUGACCCUAAAAUGGCCCAGGACCCAGGCGUGUGUGAAGUCGUUCAGCAAUUAGACAAGGCUUGUAAGGAAGCUGGAUUCUUCUACGUGAAGGGUCAUGGUAUACCUGAUUCGCUAACUAAGGAGGUUAAAGACGUGACCCACAAUUUUUUUGAUCUUCCUUAUGAAGAAAAAUUAAAGAUUAAGUUAAGUGCUUCUGCUGGAUACAGGGGAUAUCAGAGAGUAGGAGAAAAUAUCACCAAAGGAACUCCUGAUAUGCAUGAAGCAAUUGAUUGUUAUAGAGAGAUACAGUCUGGUAGGUAUGGAGCUCUUGGCGAAGUAAUGGAAGGAUGUAAUCAAUGGGCACUCAAUCCACCAAACUUCAAACCACUCAUGGAGAAAUAUGUCAACCUGUGCACAGACCUUUCAAGGAAAAUUAUGCGCGGAAUAGCUCUAGCAUUAAGUGGUUCACCCGAUGAGUUUGAAGGGGAUAUAACAGGAGACGCAUUUUGGGUAUUACGCAUUAUUGGUUACCCUGGUCUUUCAAGCACAAAUGGUCAUGAUGCUCCGGAAAAUGACAUAGGAUGCGGAGCUCAUACUGACUAUGGUCUGCUAACUCUGGUUAAUCAGGAUGAAGAUAUAACUGCACUUCAGGUGAGAAACAUGUCCGGUGAGUGGAUACCUGCACCCCCUAUUCCAGGAACAUUUGUAUGCAACAUUGGAGACAUGCUGAAGAUAUUGUCCAAUGGUUUGUAUGAUUCAACUCUGCACCGGGUCAUCAAUAAUUCCUCAAAAUAUCGCGUAUGCAUCGCUUACUUCUAUGAGCCCAACUAUGAUGCAGCAGUGGAGCCAUUAGACAUCUGUAUACAGAAAACUGGUGGAAUAUCUAAGUUUGGAAAAGCUGUCUAUGGAGAGCAUCUAGUGAGCAAAGUGCAGACAAAUUUUGUGUAUUAG